AUGUCAAUUUUCAAAAAAAUUUCAUUAUUCCACCACUCCAAAAAAUCAACUAAAUCAUCAUCACCAGAGUCAUCAUCAAUUGAAGGAUCAUCACCAAAUUCAUCAUCAACUGAUAAAAAACACCACAACUUUCUCAAAAAAUUAUUCAAAAAAAAUAGAAAAGCAAAAAAAGUUGAUUCACCACCACCACCAGAACAACAACAACAACAACAACAACAACAACAACAACAACAACAACAACAACAACAACAACAACAACAACAACAACAACAACAAGAAUUAAAAAAUCUGAUAAAUGAAGAUGUAAUACAAGAAAUGCAAGAAGACAAUAAACAAGAACUUGCUUUAAUCAAAUAUAUUACCCCAUCUAAUGAAGAAUAA